GCGUAUUGCACUUGAUAAAAUGGCUGCAUCUGCAGAUUUACCUCCUUUUGGUGCUGUUUCUCAGGUGGAUGAUGUUGUGAAUGAGGCAUCAAAGAUGGUAAAUGCUGAUGAAGGGAAGCUUGUGAAUGAAGAAGAGUUCCAGCAGUUGAUGAAAGAGAUUCUUGGAUGCAUUAUGCUGCAACUAGAAGGUAACCCCAUUUUUGUUUCUUCCAACUCUGUCGUUCAUGAGACUCUUAAUUCCCCAUCAACGCUUCUCCCACCAUCCAUGGCAAUACCUCAAGUUGGGUGAUUCAAAUCAUUUACAAGUAAAUAAAUAAUCCAAAGUGUAUGCAACCAAUUGCAAUCCAAAAUGUAUGGCAAUAAUAAGACUUUCCUUUCCUUGGGCAAUAAUAUGUAUAAUUGCAAUUUGCAUACUGAAUUU